AUCUUUUCCUUUCUGCAGGGUCGGCGAGAGAGCUUUUAAUUUAUUAAUUUUACUUUACAUUUCGUUCUUUUACUGAGCAAUAUGUUGUCUGCCCGCAAACCCUUCGCCCAGCUUAACGACAACGUGUCUCCCAUGAAGAACCUGACCCUGACAGAAAAAGAGAACACGCCGCCUACCCUUAACAGCACCCGCGUCCUGGCCAGCAAGACCGCCCGCAAGAUCUUCCAGGAGGCAGACACGCCCACAUCUAAAGUCCCAAAGAAUCCUAGACUUACAGAUGAGCCCCUUCUGAAGGAUAAUCCACAUAGAUUUGUGAUCUUCCCCAUCCAGUAUCAUGACAUCUGGCAAAUGUACAAGAAAGCAGAAGCUUCAUUCUGGACUGCUGAAGAGGUGGAUCUGUCUAAGGACAUUCAGCACUGGGAGUCCCUGAAGACAGACGAAAGAUACUUUAUCUCUCAUGUGUUGGCCUUUUUUGCAGCUAGUGAUGGGAUAGUAAACGAGAACCUGGUGGAGAGGUUUAGCAAGGAGGUGCAAGUUACUGAGGCUCGCUGCUUUUAUGGCUUCCAAAUCGCAAUGGAGAACAUUCAUUCUGAAAUGUACAGCCUUCUUAUUGACACCUACAUUAAAGAUCCCAAGGAGAGGGGAUUCCUUUUCAAUGCUAUUGAAACUUUGCCUUGUGUGAAAAAGAAGGCUGAUUGGGCUCUGCGCUGGAUUAGUGACAAACAGGCAACAUAUGGUGAACGAGUGGUGGCAUUUGCUGCUGUUGAAGGGAUCUUCUUCUCCGGUUCAUUUGCAUCCAUUUUUUGGCUGAAGAAACGUGGACUGAUGCCUGGACUCACUUUCUCUAAUGAACUUAUUAGCAGAGAUGAAGGUUUACAUUGUGACUUUGCUUGCCUUAUGUUCAGACAUCUUGUACACAAACCUUCAGAAGAGCGUGUUGUUCAGCUUAUUACUAAUGCUGUUCAAAUUGAACAGGAAUUCUUAACAGAAGCUUUGCCUGUAAAUCUCAUUGGAAUGAAUUGUACUUUAAUGAAGCAGUAUAUUGAAUUUGUUGCAGACCGUCUUCUACUGGAGCUUGGCUUUAAUAAGGUUUUCAAGGCCUCUAAUCCAUUUGACUUCAUGGAAAACAUCUCUUUGGAAGGAAAGACUAACUUCUUUGAGAAGAGAGUUGGUGAAUACCAGAAGAUGGGUGUCAUGUCAAAGCCAAAAGAUAACACUUUCACACUGGACGCUGACUUUUAAAUACUGACUUGUGUGUAGUAACAUCUCUUACUUGAAAAGUGCUUCCAUGGUCUGGUGCAACCAGCAUUAUGGGGACAUUAUAUAAGCUGCAAAGACUGAACCAGUGGAUCUUGCUAUACCUUGAUGCUAGCAUCGCCACUCUAGCCUGUACUUCUGGAAGCAGUGGAACUGUGGUGUACAUUGACAAACACUCAUGGGUACGGAUAUAUUGUACAGCUUGUUGUGUAUUAUACUGGGUGCUGUGUACUCUGUAGGGGGGAUAAAACUGCUGCUUGGCAGCGCUUCCUUUUUAAUUUUUUAUACUUGUUUUAUAAAAAGCUGCACUUUAAAUAAUAAAACUAAAAAAAA